UUUGUGACCUAUCCCUACACAGGGUGUAGUUACGCAUCUAUCUGCUAUCUGGCAACCCUGAUAGAAGUAGAGCGCUUCACUCUCACUAAUUAUCCCAUAACAGCCGAGCAAUGCUGGGGAAUAAAAAUCGGAAUUAAACGGUCAUAAAUAUGAAGGUCAUCAUGCGUGUGUGGAGGGUGAAGGUUUUGGUCAGUUUUGUGAUACUAGGAUUAUUCGUAGCUGUUCUCCUUCAUCACUGGACUGCAAGAGCUCCAACUGUGAUACACAGUCAAAAAAGUCUAGAUUCCACCAUAGACAAGCUUCUUGAACGUAAUAAACAGUGGAAGAACAGUGACAACCAUAUUCCCUACCACCUCAAAGAAACCACAGCACGAAAUGAGUGCGUUUGUAAAGGAGACACAUGGCAUAUUAAUGUGCCUUUUGGUCACCUGUUUUUUCCUUGGGUGGAUGCUAUGGAGUUGCAAUCUGCAUUCAGAGCCUCAGAGUUGGAGGAAAUGAAGCAGCGUCGACAAAAUGAGUACAAGAAGUUCCUGAGAAGCUCACAUACAGCAGCAAACCUUCUCGUUGUUGCUGAGGCCAAUAGUCCUCUUCAGUACCCCACCCAGGGUGUGGAGGUCCGUCCUAAAAAGUCCACCUUAAUUCCUGGGUUGGGUCUGAAACUUAUGUCAAGGCAGUCUUAUUCAGUAAAUUUAACUGCCAGCAUGGGCACGUUUGACGUAACAGCCUUGGUGGAUGAUGUCAGCAGAAGCGGAGAAGGAAAAAUGCACAUAAGCUUUUCCAGCCCACUUCUAUCUGCACUUAACAGACAGCUGCAGUUCGUCACUUAUACAAAUGCAAUUUUUCAUCCCAAUACUGCAGACAUAGUGCAAUUCGAGACUGAUGGAUUCCAAGCAGCCUUCACCAUUAAAAUCCGGCAUGCAAUCACUCCUAAACUCUAUUAUCCUGGACCUAGUGGACCUAAAGGAGAAUACAACAUAAGCGCACUUGUGACCAUUGCUACGAAAACAUUUCUGCGUUAUGACAAGCUGCAAGAUUUGAUUGACAGCAUUCGACAGUUCUAUCCAACGGUCACGAUAGUUAUAGCUGAUGACAGCGAGCAUCCUAAGCCUGUAACUGGCCCUUACAUAGAGCACUACACCAUGCCUUUCAAAAAGGGUUGGUUUGCUGGGCGUAAUCUCGCUGUCUCUCAGGUGACGACUAAGUACGUGCUGUGGGCGGAUGAUGACUUUAUCUUCACCUCUAAAACAAGGUUGGAGAAAAUGGUGGAUGUUUUAGAGCACACCAAUUUAGACCUGGUUGGAGGAGCAGUCAGGGAGGUGACAGGAUACACUGCAACCUACCGCAAUAUCAUCUCUUCAGAAAAAGGUGGAGAAGAUGGAGACUGUUUACACAUUAGAAGAGGCUUCUAUCAUGCUCUUGAGGGCUUCCCUAAUUGUGUGGUCACGGAUGCCGUCAUUAACUUUUUCAUGGCGCGUACUGACAAGGUACGGCAAGUGGGCUUUGACCCUCGCCUGGCACGGGUUGCACACCUAGAGUUUUUCAUCGAUGGCCUUGGUGUUCUCCAUGUGGGUUCCUGUGAUGAUGUUAUAGUCAACCAUGCAUCAAAGAUCAAAGGGAUGCUGCCAUGGGGACAAUCAGAAACUGAUAAGGCCUAUGCUAAGUUACGUUAUAUCAACUACUCAAACAACUUAAAUGGUCUUUAUUACUACAAGAAUCACUUCAAAUGCUUAACGAGUAAUGCUUAACUGUGAUCCUACCCAUUUUUUUUUACUACUGUCUCAAUUUCCGUAAGACAUUACAUGCAAAUUUACAGAGGUAUCAAUGAAAAAGAAGACCAAACAUGACCAUGUACCUAAAUAACACACUCUUUUUCUUUUUCUAUGGAUUCCUCUGAGGACUUUUUUCCUCUGGAAUAUUGUUAACAGACCAAAAAUAUAAGUAAAGCUUUUGAACUGUUGUGUUUUUGUA